GAAUGUUGUGAGCGCACGUGGCGUAUGCGUAAUUCGCCAGCAUGGCGUAUGUUCAAGUGCUGAGCCUUGGCGAUGGCGCUGGUGUUGGCUCUGGCGAUGGCGAUGUCGACCCAAAACGUGCAAAAAUAAAAGUCAAUUAGUGAAAGCAUGAAAGCAAAUGUAACGAAAAAGAGACUGCAACAACGACACGAGUAAAGGAAAUAAGCAAUACACCAUCACCAUCAUAAUCACCAGCAUGCGAAGGAAAAAGAAAGCGAAAACAAAUGAAAUGCAAAGCACGCCAAUUAUCAAGUAAAGGCGCAACGCAAAAAAAGCGAAAAGCAAAAAUAAAAAAAUAAAGGCAUAGAGCGUACAAAUUGGCCAAGCAAAAUGUCCCGCAAAUGACUUACAAGUAUUCUGGUUGCGUGUGUGUGUCUGUUUGCAUGCUUACAUAAUGAGCAGGCAUUCAUUAGCUAAAGUGCAACUGUGCAAUAAACAUACAUACUAUACGUAACUUAAACUCAAUUGCAAACAAACGCAAAGCAAUAUUUUUAAACUCAACUAGACUUAACUCGUCAAGAAAAAACCAAAAAUAAGCGGAAAUAAGGAGUAGAGGAGCUCAACGCCGAGUGUGUGACGAAAAACGCCAUGCCCUUCGGACGCAAAUCACCGCUGGAGGCGCUCGCUCUGCCCGGCGUUAUGCUCGCCUAUAAGUACUCACAGUUCCGGCAAAGGCGGCGUGAAGCAGCCAGUAGACGUGUCACAGAGCGUGAGUUAUCUGCGCUACACCACAAAAUCGACAAGCUGCUAAGCAAGUUGGAGGAGAGUGAACCAGAUCCACCCACAUCGCAGGAGGAUGAAUGCGUUAUUUGUAUCAAUGCACGUGCCACCAUGCAGACCUCGCCCUGUGGCCACCGGGUCGUCUGCCGUCGCUGUUUCGUCAAAACCAUUCAGAGCGCAGUAGCACAGCGUCUGCUGCCCUUGCGCUGCGUCAUUUGUCGAGCGCGGGUCAAUCGACUGACCUCCUCGUCAGGCAGCUGGCGCAUACAGGAGUCGGCGAGCAGCUAUUCAAUGGGUGCCAAAAGCUGGGCUUCGGCCGGCGUUGCAGCUGGCGGUGUUGUUGCCUCUGCCAGCAGCUAUUCCAUGAACGAUGCCCACAGUGGUCAUCAUGCGUUUCAUCAGCCAACACUGCAUACAGCAGUUGGACGACAUUAUCCACGGGGAGCGCGGGCACGUGUUUCCCAAUCGGAUAGUCUCUAUUCCAUGAGCUCGACUGGGUCUGCUGGCUCAACGCUGUCAGGCUAUUCGCACGCCUCCGGCUACUCAAAGACGUCUUCCAUAUCGAGCAGUGGCCCGUGCUCGCCGGCUUCACCGCUUUCGCCGGCAGUUGCCAAUACAGUAACAGUGCUAAACAAUCAUCUGGCGCCUCCAUCACCCACUACACAUCAUCAGCUGCAGCAGUCAAACUUAUUGUCGCCCUUGGGCUCUGUAUCUGGUUCGGGUUCAGGUUCAUCUGCCAGUUCGCUAUCACCACGCGAUGGAGGGCAUCACUCACAUCAUGGCGGCUGUCCUAGUGGUUGUUCGGGAGCUGUGCCACGCAAGCCGCUACACACCCUUAGCAACUGCGCCUCCAGCUCGUCAUCCAGCGGUGGGUCCUGCAGCAGUGGCAGUGGUGGAAACGGCAGCAUGACGCCUGCUAUUGGCACCUAUCCAGGUCGACGCCAUGUAAAGAGUCGCCUUUUGGAUCUGCAAAAUAGACUGCCACCCAUAAAGGAGUUUCGCAGUCCAGCCAAAGUACCACAUCCCUCACCGGUGCACGUCAGCAAUCCACGUUUUCGCUACGCUUCAUACACAAAGACAAGCGCUCACGAACUGGCACCGCUGCUUCGUGAGCCGCCUUCACCACCUCGUCGCCCCAUGAACAUACAAGUUAGCUGCUCAGCACUUGCGCCGCCACCACUAAAAGCCGGUGGUGCCAAAAUUUGUCCUCUAACCUCUAAAAAUGCAUUGCCCAAGAAUGCAUAUCAAAUGCCGAAGGACAAGAAACCACAUACAGCUAGUGCCGCGCUCCCAAACAAGACACCAACUGUAAAUGGAAAAUUGGCCAGCAAAAGCGCCCCCUCGACUAGCAGCGGCUCCAAGAGCAGCUCCACAUCCCUCUCCACUGCCAGUGGAAGUCAAGCUACAAGUAGCAGCAAUGGCAGCAACGGCAAGCCACACAACAGCGCUUCCAGUCGCAGUUUUCCACUAUUCUCCAGCAAUAGCAGCAGCAGCAGCAACCAUAAGGAAAAAGCUGACAAUAAAAAGAACGAAUCCGUUGAGCGCAAGAAAAAAGAAGAGAAACUCAAGCUGAAGGCGGAAAAGGAAGCAAGGAAGGAGGAGAAGCGACUGGCGAAGGAGGAGGAGCGUCUAGCCAAGGAAGAGAAGAAACGUGGCAAGAAGGAGGCAAAAAAACUAUUAUUGGCAAAUGAUGGCAAUAAUAAAAAGUAAAGUUAAUAAUGUGCCCAUUUGGGAACAAAUUAUUAGCUACAAGUUAGUAUUAAGAGCAUCAUUAAAUAUCAAAUAUUUCAGAAACAUCCACAUCACUUAUU